GGCUCCGUGUGUUUGUAGUCGCGGCAGUAGGUGCAGCGGCUGCCUGAGCUGACCCGGGUGUGGGGACCACCCCUUCCCUGGCGCCCUUCGGUUCCUUCUGUUGCCUUCAUUGAGGAUGAGUCCCUGCGCGGCCGUGCGCCCACCCUGCGGAGACCACCGGCGCAGUUUCAUCUAGCGACUGGUCACCCUUGCAAUUAUGGAUAUUUAAAAGGAUCAGGCAGUGUGGAGGGGGAGUUCCCCUCCUCACUCCCCCUUGGUGCUUGACUCCAGGAAUAAUUUAUAAACUGUGGGAAUUUUUUUAAUGAAGAACUUGCAUUUGAUAUGAACUUUAUAGAGCUAUUUAUAAUUUUUUUGAUUUAAGUGCCAAAAAUUGUACAGAGAUACAUAGUUUUAUACUAUUGCCAUGAGGAUUUAAAUUAUAAUCCUAAAAGGUCAUUUAUUUUCUGUAAUUCUUUCUAAAUAGCACCUUUGUGUCCUGGCUUUUUCACUUUUAAAAAUUAGUCUCAACUCAAUCUUCUGAAGCAGUAAGCAGUGUAAAGACAACUAGGAUGAAUUCUUCCAUUCCUGACUGCACAUCAAAGUGUCGAUCCCUGAAGCAUGCUUUAGAUGUCCUUUCUGUGAUAACAAAAGGGAGUGAAAACCAAAUAAAGGCCUUUCUCUCCACUCAUUGUUACAAUGCUGCAACUAUCAAGGAUGCCUUUGGCAGGAAUGGCCUCCAUCUUGCUUCUUCCUUUUUUCUCCAUCUUGUUUCUUCCUGUGGAAAGAAAGGAGUUUUAGAUUGGCUUAUUGAGAAAGGAGUGGAUCCACUGGUGAAAGACAAGGAGUCGGGAUGGACAGCAUUACACAGAAGCAUUUUUUAUGGACAUAUUGAUUGUGUUUGGUCUCUGUUGAAGCAUGGUGUUAGUCUGUAUAUUCAAGAUAAGGAAGGCUUAUCAGCUUUGGAUCUUGUAAUGAAGGAUAGACCAACUCAUGUAAUAUUCAAAAAUACUGAUCCUACAGAUGUCUACACAUGGGGCGAUAAUACAAAUUUUACCCUGGGUCAUGGAAGCCAGAAUAGCAAAUAUCAUCCAGAGUUGGUGGAUCUGUUCUCCAGGAGUGGGGUUUAUAUCAAGCAGGUCGUGCUUUGUAAAUUUCACUCCGUGUUUCUGUCCCAGAAAGGGCAGGUUUAUACCUGUGGUCAUGGUCCUGGAGGGCGUUUAGGCCAUGGAGAUGAACAGACAUGCUUGGUUCCCAGGCUUGUGGAAGGACUGCGGGGUCAUAAUUGUUCCCAAGUGGCAGCUGCUAAGGAUCAUACUGUUGUAUUAACUGAAGAUGGAUGUGUGUAUACAUUUGGUCUAAAUAUUUUUCAUCAAUUAGGAAUUAUUCCUCCACCUUCCAGAUGUAAUGUACCCAGACAGAUGCAGGCAAAAUAUCUGAAAGGAAAAGCAAUCAUUGGAGUAGCGGCAGGCAGAUUUCACACAGUACUCUGGACCAGAGAAGCUGUUUACACUAUGGGACUAAAUGGUGGACAGUUGGGUUAUUUAUUAGAUCCCAAUGGAGAAAAGUGUGUGACUGUUCCUCGUCAAGUCUCUGCCCUUCAUCAUAAGGAUAUCACUCUGUCUUUGGUCGCUGCAAGUGACGGGGCCACAGUCUGUGUUACCACAAGGGGAGAUAUUUACUUACUUGCAGACUAUCAGUGCAAGAAGAUGGCUUCUAAACAACUAAACUUGAAAAAGGUUCUUGUGUCUGGGGGUCGUAUGGAAUACAAGGUUGAUCCUGAACAUUUGAAAGAAAAUGGGGGUCAAAAAAUUUGCAUUCUUGCAAUGGAUGGAGCUGGAAGGGUGUUUUGCUGGAGAUCAGUCAGUAGUUCUCUGAAGCAAUGUCGAUGGGCCUAUCCACGCCAGGUCUUCAUCUCUGAUAUUGCUUUAAAUAGAAAUGAAAUUCUUUUCGUCACACAGGAUGGGGAAGGAUUUAGAGGGAAAUGGUUUGAAGAAAAGAGAAAGAGUUCUGAAAAGAAAGAGAUUUUAUCAAACCUUCAUAAUUCCUCAUCAGAUGUGUCGUGUGUCUCUGACAUAAAUAGCACAUAUGAAAGAAUUCGACUUGAGAAACUUACUUUUGCCCAUAGAGCUGUUAGUGUCAGCACAGAUCCAAGUGGAUGCAACUUUGCAAUCCUGCAGUCAGAUCCUAAAACAAGCCUUUAUGAAAUUCCAGCUGUUUCUUCAACAUCCUUUUUUGAAGAGCUUGGCAAACUGUUGAGGGAAACUGAUGAAAUGGACAACAUCCAUGAUGUGACAUUUCAAGUUGGCAAUAGAGUCUUUCCUGCACAUAAAUACAUUUUGGCAAUGCGUUCUGACUUUUUUCAGAAAUUAUUUCUUUCAGAUGGUACUAUAGAAUUUACAGAUGUUUAUCGGAAAGAUGAAGAUUCUGCAGGAUGCCAUCUCUUUGUGGUAGAGAAGGUUCAUCCUGACCUAUUUGAAUACCUCUUACAAUUUAUAUACACAGAUACUUGUGACUUUUUAACUCAUGGCUUCAAACCAAGAAUAUACUUAAAUAAAAAGUCAGAAGACCACCAGGAUACUCUGAAUUCUCAUUUUAAUGAAAUGCAUUGCCAUGAAGAUAAUAAUCAGAAGUCAGCAUUUGAAGUUUACAAAAGUAAUCAAGCUCAUACAGUUACUGAAAGGCAGAAAAGCAAACCCAAAUCUUCUAAGAAAGGAAAAAGUGUUGGAGAUGAUGAUCCUGUAAAAAUGUUGCAAAAUAUUGCAAAGAAAUUUGGUUUCAGUAAUUUGAGUAGUAGGUUAGAUGGAGUCAGAUUUGAAAAUGAAAGAAUUAAUGUUAUUGCCAAGAAAACUGGUAAUAAGCCAAAGCUAAAUCAGAAAAAAUGUUCAUUUCUGUGUGAUGUAACCAUGAAAUCAGUGGAUGGAAAAGAAUUUCCUUGUCAUAAAUGUGUUCUUUGUGCUAGACUUGAAUAUUUUCAUAGUAUGCUGAGUAGCUCAUGGAUUGAGUCUUCCAGUUGUGCAGCUCUGGAAAUGCCAAUACAUUCUGACAUACUUAAAGUUAUUUUGGACUACCUCUAUACUGAUGAAGCUGUGAUGAUAAAAGAAUCUCAAAAUGUGGAUUUUAUUUGUAGUGUUCUUGUGGUGGCUGAUCAGCUUCUCAUAACUCGAUUAAAAGAGAUUUGUGAAGUAGCAUUAACUGAAAAGUUUACCCUUAAGAAUGCUGCUAUGCUACUGGAAUUUGCAGCAAUGUAUAAUGCUGAACAGUUGAAACUGUCUUGUUUACAGUUUAUAGGACUGAAUAUGGCAGCUUUACUUGAAGCAAGGUCUCUUGAUGUUUUAAGUGAUGGUGUUUUAAAGGAUCUUUCUGUGUUUUAUCGAAAAAUGAUUCCAGCAAUGGAUAGAAGAGUCAUUACACCAUAUCAAGAUGGGCCAGAUAUUAGCUGUUUGGAAAUAGAAGAUGGGGAUAUCUUUUUGAAGGAAGAAAUAAACAUAGAACAAAAUCAUUCGGAUACAACAAUGUUCAAGAAGGCAAAAACAAAAGCUAAAAAGAAGCCACGUAAGCGUUCAGAUAGUUCUGGAGGUUAUAACCUUUCAGAUAUAAUUCAGAGUCCACCAUCCGCAGGAUUACUAAAGUCUGGUAAGACCAAUUCUGUAGAAUCUCUUCCAGAACUUUUGACAUCGGACUCUGAAGGAAGCUAUGCAGGAGUGGGUAGUCCUAGAGAUUUACAGUCCCCUGAUUUUACAACAGGAUUUCAUUCAGACAAGAUUGAGGGGAAAGUUAAACCAUGUGUUAAUGGUACACCACCUGCAUAUUCAAGGGAAGAGUUGAAACUAUGGGAAAAAUCACCGGUACUUAAAAUAUCUGCUCCACAGCCCAUUCCAAGUCACAGAAUAGACACUACAAGCUCUUCCAGUUGGGUUUCUGGCUCUUUCAGUCCUGUCAGCCCUCCUGUUGUGGAUCUCAGAACCAUCAUGGAAAUAGAAGAAAGCAGACAAAGAUGUGGAGCUACACCAAAGUCAAAUAUAGGCAAAAUGAUUUCUCAUGGAGUUAAACUGUCUCAGAAGCAACGAAAAAUGAUUGCAUUGACUACCAAAGAAAACAAUUCAGGAAUGAAUAGCGUGGAAACAGUUUUAACUGCUCCUUCAAAAUCCCCCAAACCAAUGAAUGCAUGGACAUCUUCUCUACAUUCAGUUUCAUCCAAGUCAUUCCGUAAUUUCUUACUGGAAGAAAAAAAAUCUGUUACCAGCCAUACUUCAGGAGAUCAUGUCAAAAAAACCUGCUCUAAAGGAAUCGAAAAUUCCCAAGUUCCAAAAGCUGUAAGAUGGUCUAUGCAUGGUACUCCAGGACCAGAAAGCAACCAUAUUUCAGAUUUACCAGUUCUAGACAAUACCAACCCUUGGCUAUCGUCUUCAUUGACUGCUCCUUCUGUGGUAGCCCCAGUCACUUUCGCAUCUAUUGUAGAAGAAGAGCUACAACAGGAAGCAGCUCUUAUCAGAAGUCGAGAAAAACCCUUGGCUCUGAUUCAGAUUGAGGAGCGUGCGAUACAAGAUUUACUGGUUUUCUAUGAGGCAUGUGGCAACCCUGAUGAGUUUGUCCUUGUUGAAAGAACACCGCAGGGACCACUGGCAGUACCUAUGUGGAAUAAGCAUGGAUGCUAGUUCACUGUGGAGUUGAGAUGCAUUUUCCGUAAUUGUUAUUGUUAAUUGUGUAAAGAAACACUGUGGAAAAGUGUUCUUACAGACUUGGUAACAGUUCAUUCUAGAUAGAGUAAGAAAGGAUUUCUUUUCUUGACUACUAUUUAAGCAUAUGAUGUUUUUAUGAUUACAAAGAAAUUCCUCAGAAUUGUGAUUUUAGUAACUUGUAAUGUAUGAGUAUGUGAGAGGAAAACUUUACUAGGUUAAGGUUAAAUAGGAUCAUUUGUUCUUAAUAAUCCUACAGAGGAAAAUAAUAAGUGAACUGUAAAACUUAAGAGUGAUGCAAUAACUUUUUCAUUUAAGAAUUUGGGGUAAAUAAUUUAGAAGAUUCUGCCAGAUAUCUUUUGUCACUCUGCUUUUUUAAGUGUGGCAUUGAUAAGCUUAAAAUAAGAAUAUCAGUAAUUACUUGUAACCCAUUAAUAGUCAGACUUUUUCAUUUGCUAGGGUAGCUACAUCUCCAUUCUUGCUGCUUUUGUUUAUUAGGCUAUGAAUGUUCUAGGCCUUUUUCAAUCUUGACCUGCACAAAUGCUGUAUUUCAGUUUAGACUGGACAUCCAUGUUGCAUUAAGCCAUGGAGUACAAUGGAAAGGGAAAAAGAAUAUUAUUCUGCAUAGUUAAGUCCAAAAUAAUAAUUUUUUUCUAAGAUUUGGAGUCACUGUGGUUUUUUUGUUUGGGUGAGGAGGAUUUAUAAAGGCCUGAUUGUGAGAGAAUAAUUUUCUUGAAGUGUUACAAUUUUCUAAAAUAAGUGCUUUAUUAUACAUACAAUAAUUGAAUAAUUUGCAAGAGGGUUGGUUUGUAGUUGCUUUUACAAUAUUGUUUAAUCAGAAAUUUUCUGAUCCUGGGUUACAUAUGUAGACAAAAAUUGAUGGCUGUCUUUACAGUGUUUUAUUUGUGGUUAUUAAAAUCUUUUAAAGACAAAUGUUAAACCUGUGCUCCAAUACCAAAACAAAUUGGGAUGAUUGCUUUUCUGAUUUCUGGAAGUCAAACUAAAGGGAACAUGUAGGCAAUUCAUUGCUAUAAUUUAGUGAUGGAAAAAUGACUGAAACUAACUCAAUAUAUCAAGGUUAGCUCUACCCCAAAGCAACAGACAUGCAAACAAAUGUGCAAUAAAAAAUAAUCUUGAUCGAUUUCACUAUUAA